CGCGAGCUGGCGCAGCAGGCGGUUCUGUCGGUAGUCGGGUGUCUCAUGCGGUUCGCGGUGCCGUUCUUUUUGCAGCGGAUCCUGCGCACCAUCGAAAGAGCGGAUAAGCAGCCAGUGCAUAUGCGAAUUGCAUAUCUGGAUGCGAUAGGCAUUCUUGUGUUUGCCGUGGCCGAGUCGAUUGUGUCGGCGCGUGUCAUGUGGACUGGCCGGUGCAUCGGCAUCCGCGUGAAAUCCCUACUGGUAGCUGUAUUGUCGGCCAAGACGCUUGAGAGACGUGCCAACGGGGGCGCCUUGGCAGAAGAUGGUAGUGAGCAGGACGAUUCGAAUGAGGCCAGCGACGGGAAGAUCAUGAAUCUGCUGACGGCCGAUUUCCAGGCAAUCACCGAAAUGGCCGCUUACCUGGAUGCCCUGCUCUCGAUGCCGCUGCUGCUCUGCAUAGGCAUCUGGUACAUGUACCAGCUGCUGGGCGUCUCGGCUCUUGUCGGCGUGGCGGUGAUUCUAGCAUACUCGCAGUUAUCAAAGCGCCUGUUUGGACAUCUGGGAAAGAUCGAGGACGACCUGGCGAGUCUGAGCGACCGACGCGUGGCGGCAGUCUCGGAGGUGGUCCAGGGCAUCAAGGCAGUGAAGCUGUUUGGUUGGGAGCAGGCGUUCCUGGCGCGCAUUAAGGAGAAGCGCACAGCACAGCUAAAUGUGCUGUGGCGGGUGCUGCUGGUAUGGGCAGCGAUUUUCCCGGUCGGCAUGCUGGCGCCGAUGCUCGUCCUUUUGUCGAUUUUCGCCACAUAUGUGGUGUGGUUCGGCAACUCGCUGACAGCCGAGCUGGCAUUCACCUCCAUUACCGUGUUCCAGAUCACCGAGAUUGUCUUCGAGCACUUCCCGACCAUCAUGAGCGGUACCGUCACUGGGUACGUGUCGCUGCGCCGCGUCGAUGCGUAUCUGGGGCAGCCGCAGGUGCAGAGCCUGCAGGAUCGUAUACAAAAGCCACAAGCGGAUGGCGAGCUCGGGUUUAUUAACGCUGAUUUGGUCUGGGAUGUUGCUGCUAAAACCAAAGAUCGCUGUGAAACCGAAACUUCGCCGCUGCUCGCCUCAUCGCCCGCAUACGGCUCUCUGGAUGCCCCUACGGCAGCUGGUCUAAUCACCCACUCGCUGCACAAUAUCUCUGUCAUGUUCCCACCUGGUGGUCUGACGGUCAUUGCUGGGCCGACUGGCAGCGGCAAGACAUCGCUGCUGUCAGCCCUAAUCGGCGAAAUGACAUUAGUGCGUGGUGCGAUCCAGCUGCCGACGGUUAAUCCGCGGCACAUCAAUGGUAAUACUGCGGAUAUGUAUGGCGAUAUCCUCGAGUUGUCGGAGCAGUGCCUGGCGAUCCGCGAUAUCGCGUAUGUGGCGCAAGAAGCCUGGCUGCGCAACGCUACUAUACGCGAAAACAUCCUCUUUGGCGAGCCGUACAGCCAGCAGCGCUACGAGGAGGUGUUGCGGGUCUGCGCACUGAAACCCGAUCUGCGGAUCCUGGCAGCCGGCGACCAGACUGAGAUUGGCGAACGUGGCGUGACAUUGUCUGGCGGGCAGAAGCAGCGCGUGGCAUUGGCACGUGCCAUCUACUCGGCCCGCCGGAUCCUGCUAAUAGACGACUGCCUGGCAGCCGUCGAUGCGCACACAGCCAAGCACAUAUUGAUGGAGUGUCUGCUGAGCACCACGCCGCUGAUGCAAGGCCGCACGUGCGUGCUGGUCACCCACCAUGUAGCACUAUGUGUACCGCGCGCCCAAUAUAUGGUGGUGAUGCAGGAAGGCCGCGUGGUCGUGCAGGGACAUCCGCAGGAGCUGCUGGAUUCCGGCAGACUCGCAGGCCUGGAAAUCGAUGGCCUGGAGUCGCCGCACAUCAGCACGCCGGCCAGUUCCACCAAGCGGCGGCACCUGCUGGCUGAGCAGAAUGGUGGCCGUGCGGGUGCUGAGGAGGGAGCGCUGAUCGAGGAGGAGGAGCGCGAAUCGGGGUCGGUCAAGCUGGGCGUGUGGGUAUCGUAUUUCAGGGCGUGCGGGUCGGUGUGGUUCUGGGCUGCCAUGCUUGGGUUCCUUGCUGCUGCACAGACAAUGCAGGUCUUUCAGGUAUACUGGAUUCGCCUCUGGAUCACCUCGACCACAAACCCGGCUGACACUGGCAAUGCGCACUCGUCGGUGUUCUGGCUGGCCAUGUACUGCGGUAUUGGCACCAGCGCGGCAUUGCUAAAGUACGCGUACAUGUACAUUUCGUCGGCGGGCUCUCUGCGGGCAUCUCAGACGAUCCAUGCAAAGCUUGUGCGCAGCAUCGUCCACGCGGUGCCGCGGUUCUUCGAUACCACACCCCUGGGACGCAUAGUGAAUCGAUUCGCACGUGACAUGACCCUGAUUGACGAGAACGCCAUGGAUAAUAUCGCCUGGUGGUUGAUGGACACGGCUGGCGUGCUGGCCGUCUUUGCCAUCAUCAUUGCAGUCACGCCUGCGUUCAUUCUUGUUGCUGUGGGCAUCUCGUUUGUGUACAUGUCAAUCGCAUACUACUACCUGGCGGCGUCGCGCGAGCUCAAGCGGCUCGAGUCGACCAGCAUGUCGCCGCUGAUGUCGCUGUUCGGCGAGAUGAUCCAGGGCACUGCAUCGAUCCGGGCAUUCGGUGCCCAGAAAUACUAUAUCCGCGAGGCAUUGACGCGGAUAUCGGCUCAUUGCCGGCCAUUCUACCUUGUGUGGGCGACCAACCGCUGGCUGUCGCUGCGUGUCGACUGGGCAGGCGCCCUGGUGUCGUUCACAUGCAUUGUCUUGGCCCUGGCCAAUAUGCAGAGCGUGGAUGCGGCGCUGGCUGGGUUUGUGUUGUCGUAUGCGCUGACAUUCUCGGACCGCAUGAUCUGGGUGAUCCGUAGCUACGCAAUCAACGAGCUCAACAUGAAUGCGGUCGAACGCAUCAACCAGUACAUGGGUGUGGAGCAGGAGGCCGAAACGCAGGGGGGCAUUGGCAGCGCCAGUCCGGAGUGGCCACGCAGUGGCGAUCUGCGCGUCGAGGACCUGGCUAUUGAGUAUGUGCCGGGUGUGCCGGUCCUGCACGGCAUUUCGUUUGCGGUCAACAGCGGCGAGAAAAUCGGCGUGGUCGGGCGCACCGGUGCCGGAAAGUCGUCGCUGUCGCUGGCGCUGCUGCGGCUGAUUGAAGCCACACAUGGCAGGAUUGUGCUGGACGGUAUUGAUAUCGCCCAUGUUGGCUUGGAGGAUUUGCGCCGCAGUGUCACGAUCAUUCCACAGGACCCGGUGCUAUUCAAUGGCUCGAUCCGGUUCAACCUCGACCCGUUCAGCGAGUACCCGGAUGCGCUCAUCUGGGACGCCCUGAAGCGCGCGCACCUCGUCCACGACGGCAGCCCUAGUAACUCGUCGGUCAGCCUUGGUGAGUCGUCUAUGGAACACAUGGCUGGAGUGUUUACCAGCCUUGACGCAGAAAUCAAGGAGCACGGGAUGAACCUGUCGCAGGGCCAGCGGCAGCUGGUUGCGCUGGCGCGCGCGCUGAUAAGACGCUCAAAGGUGAUUGUCAUGGAUGAGGCGACGGCGUCGGUGGAUUUUGACACGGACAAGCGGAUCCAGCGCACGAUCCGUGGAUCCGAGUUUUCCCAGUCGACGCUGCUGUGCGUGGCACACCGUUUGCGCACAAUCAUAGACUAUGAUCGCGUCUUGGUGCUCGACCAGGGAAGGAUUGCCGAGUUCGGCACCCCAUACGACCUGCUGCAGAAGGAAGGAGGUGCGUUCAGGGCGCUGUGUCAGCGCAGCAACGAGUUCGAGUACCUGGCUGAGGCUUGCCGGCAGCCCACAGGAGGUGAAAAUCGAGAAGCAGCAGCACUGCGUCAGGAAUAGGGAUAGUGUCUCAUCCCCCAUGGUUGCGGCAUAUGU